AUGGCGAGCUCUCGCCUGCCUCUGCUGCUUCCUCUCCUCCUCGUCCUCGCCUUCUCCGUCGCGCCGUCGCUCUCCACCCACGGAUCUGCCCUCGCCCGCUCCAUCUCCGCAAGUGACGUCAGCGACGGGGAUAUCGACCGUUAUGGUAGCGGGAUUGCCAAUAGCGAGGCUGAAUCUACCGCAGUGGCGGUUCCGGGAGCGGAGGAGCAUGUGCGCAGGUCGCUCCAGCGGCAGCAAGUCACAUGUGACCAGAACUCAAUCCUUGUUACCAACCGCGUCGUGUCAGACCAGGGCAAAGGCACCACCAAGGUGAUCCAGCUAAUUAUCAAGAACUUGUGCCCCUAUGACGUCAUCGGCAGGGACUUCUUGUGCUAUGAAGCUAAUGAUGUGCAUGUACUGCGCGACUCGGAGGCAUUGAAGGUGGCUCUAGAGUGUUUGAAGGAAGCCGGCUCCGUCACGGCCUGGGGCAGCUACCCUAACGUCGCGAGACGAACGGCGAGUGUGCGAGAGCUGACGCAAGUGGGCAUCAAGAACGCGGAGAAGCUCGCCGUACCGUCUGUCCGCAACGAUGCGCUCUUCCUCGCCACGGUGGUCGGCACCACCUCCAUCCUCGCCCUCGCUGGCACCCAACUACCAGGGGACUGGGGCUUCUUCGUGCCGUAUCUGGUGGGCGGCAUCUCCAUUGUUGUCCUCGCUGUCGGCAGCGUUGCUCCAGGGCUUCUCCAGGGCGGCAUAGGAGCCAUGGCGCCUGUAUUCUCGGACUACAAGGACCGAGUGCUCCGCCACGAGGCAGGCCACUUCCUCUUGGCGUACCUUCUGGGCCUGCCACCUGUCGCGUACUCAUUGGACAUUGGCAAGGAGCACACGAAUCUGCUGGAUGAUAAGCUGCAGAAGAAGAUCUACAGUGGCAAGCUGGAGAGUGAUGACGUGGACAGACUCGCAGUGGUGGCGAUGGCAGGGAUGGCAGCGGAGGGGCUGCACUACGAGCAGGUGAUGGGGCAGACAGCUGACCUCAACUCGCUGCAGCGCCUCAUCAACCGCAGCGGGCUCGGCGCCCUCACCCCCGAGAGGCAGCAGAACCUCACACGCUGGGCGGAAGAAGAAAUGGACGAAGAUGAGAAGGAUGGCGAUGAAGAUGGCGAAGAAGGGGAGAAGGGGGAGAAAGAGGAGGAGAAGGACGACGAGGAUGCUAGUGACUGUGACUGCGACGCUGACGCUGACGGCGAUGGUGGCGAGAAGGACGAAGCUGUUGACGCCACGUCUACACUCCACCGACCGAAUCUCACGAACGGCUGCGUUUCAGCAAGAUCGCAAGGAGCGGAUGAAAACCGCGGCGGGAAAGGUCUCUUCUGCGGAGAACGAGGGACGUUCACCACCACUGAUCCCGCCUCCGUGUGA